AUGUCUGAUCUUGGGAAAAGGGCGUGGUGGACGCGCAUCUGGUGCAUCCAGGAACUCGCGAAUGCGCAAGUGGCAACUUUUAAGUGCGGGAAAGACGAGGUUGAUUAUGUUCCCUACUGGGCUGUUUCGCUCUACAUCCAGCUCUUUAACAGUCGAGCACUCCUAGAUCAUCCAAAUGCGGACCUCGUGGGAAUGCAGAAAAUGCUCUGGUUGACGAACAUGCUCUCCGAUGCUUUCCCGUCCACGCUGCUUGGUAUCAGGCGAGUCGCACUGGUCAAGGGAGGCCAUAAUGUCAAGCGCCUUCUCUACAAGUGCAACGUCGUGGAUGCAAACCCCACGAGGAUUGGAGCUACCGAUCCCCGAGACAGAGUGUUUGCCUUACUCGGUAUCGCGAACGACGAAGCUGCCAAGGCAAUUGUGCCCAACUACGCGCUAUCCUGCGAAGAGGCAUACAUCAUGGCCGCAAGAGUACUGCUUAUGCAUGGACACGACGACAUUCUGUCCCUUUGUCGCGCGAGGGAGGUGUGUAAGAACCUGCCAUCCUGGGUUCCGGACUGGUCGGCGAUGAAUCGGAAGCCAUGGUCGAUUUGGGAUGAAGACAAGCUGUUCAAUGCAUCGAAUCUGCCAGACGGACGCAACUCUAGUUGUCUACUAAAUACUUCCGGAGAAGCCAUCUUCUCCCGGGAGAUCACGCUCGAUGUCGUUUUCGUCGACACAGUCCAAGAAGUAGGUCACCACUAG